AUCUAGGCUCUGUCACGUCGGUUGUAUUUAGGAUUCCACCGAGAGGAGGAUCUGCAUUCUUGGAUUUUCUUCCCUCCUUCACCGAUCCGGAUUAUUCAGGUUUUCCCUACCGAUCAACCAAUCUAGCGCUUUUUUCGAGUGGGUGAAACACGAACAGGUAAGAUAUGGCUCGUACCAAGCAGACCGCUCGUAAGUCUACUGGAGGAAAGGCGCCAAGGAAGCAACUGGCGACCAAAGCUGCUAGGAAAAGCGCGCCCUCUACUGGUGGUGUGAAGAAGCCUCAUCGUUACAGGCCUGGAACUGUGGCUCUGAGAGAGAUCAGGCGUUACCAGAAGUCAACAGAGCUGCUCAUCCGGAAGCUUCCCUUCCAGCGACUGGUCAGGGAAAUUGCCCAGGACUUCAAGACUGACCUGCGUUUUCAGAGUGCUGCGAUUGGGGCUCUCCAGGAAGCCAGUGAAGCAUACCUUGUUGGGCUGUUCGAGGACACAAACUUGUGUGCCAUUCACGCCAAGAGGGUGACCAUCAUGCCCAAAGAUAUCCAGCUGGCUCGCCGGAUAAGAGGGGAGAGGGCUUAGAUGGCACCCUUUUGGGUGCCCGCAGAAUAUUUAUCAUGCUUUUAUUUACCACUUUGGACGUUCAGUUUCAUUCAUUUUUUUAAGAAGAUGUAUUUAAGACAAGAACAAAGUCGCUGUAAUUAUCAUUCCAUUGAGUUAGAUGUGUACAGCGUGUCACGCGGGUACUGUGCCAUAGGUUUAAGGUAGAGAUGGUGCAGGGAUUUGAUUUAAUAGUUUGUGGUUGUCUGAGACGAGCUCUUUGCAUGUAUUGGGUUGAUGUAAGUACAUUAGAUGUCGCCCUUUAGGUGGUCAAUAGGAAUUUGGGGGGGUGUUUCACACAAAACCGGGUUGUAAAUCCUUUCAAGUGGCCCUGGGAUGGAUCUGUGCUAUUGUCAUGGUGUGUGUAUGCAUAUAGGUGUCUGUUUCCCUCUUCCAGCCUCUAGGGAAUCCCAGCAGGAUCCCUCAUGCAAUAAUCUCCACUUGAGCCGUCACCCAGCAUCUCUUGCACGGUGUUAGGAACAAAAGUGGGUGAAUGCAAACAUUGUGCAGACUUGUUGUAUUCAGGGCUGCUUUUUAUAUUUUUCCAAUGUAAACUUUGGCAGCUACAAAUAUGUGUCACAUUGUCUUUCUAUUAAAUUCCUUUAAAAGUG